GUCGGGGGCACCUCUGGAAUUGGCCAAGCCAUGGCUGAAGCCUUGGGGAAAUACACACAAGGCAACGCAACGAUUAUCAUUGCCGGGAGGAAUCGCGCCGCCGCUGACGCCAUCAUCGCCAAACUCCCCAAACCAACGACCCCAGGCGUCACUCACGAGUUCAUCGAAUGCGAUGCGACACUCAUGAAGAACGUACACGUUACGACCAAGGAAAUCCUCUCGCGCCAUCCGAAGAUAAACUUUCUCAUCAUGUCUCCUGGGUACAUGACGUUGAAGGGUCGAGAUGAAACGGAGGAGGGGAUUGAUCGGAAGUUGGCGCUGAAUUAUUAUGCCAGGUGGACUUUUGCGAAUGGGUUGUUGCCUGCGUUGAAGAGAGCAAAGGAAGAUGGGGAGGACGCGAAAGUGUGUUCGGUGUUGGGCGCUGGGAAGGGUGGGGAGAUUGACGUUGAGGAUUUGGGAUUGAAAAAAUCAUUCUCUGUGGCCAAAGCCGCGCUUGCUUCGCCGACUUACACCGAUCUUAUGAUGGAGGAACUCGCUGAACGAAAUCAAGACCUCACCUUUAUCCACGCCUACCCAGGUUUCGUACGCACUAACAUUCUA